AUGCCUACUAUAGUCACUGUCCUCGUUGGGACCGGUACCAGCAAGGAUGACUCGCAUCGGAUCCGCGGUCGCAAAGCUAGAACAACCCUCGACGAGAACGUCCGCGUCGCCAUUGCGUCCUCGAGUGAAAACAAGGUGAACAAUGCCGUUGAAAGACUCAAGUCCGCAUUCCCCAACGGUCAAGUAACGGGCCAUGUUGCCAAACUCGGCGGAGACGACACCGAGUCCUCGGGUUCUCCCGUCGUGAAACCUUUCCACGAGGUCGAUUUCACCUACCUCAUUGAGGCGGCGCCACUUCCGUUGCCGACACCGCUGCUGAUUGUAAACUUGGUACCGAAAUCUGUCAAGAGUGACUACACCUCAUUCCUGAUCUUGACAGGUGGCCGGGUAGGGGAGAAGCCACUUGCAAACUGGUCCGUCUUCGCGCCAUACGCCAGUGCCCUGUACGGGUUGACGCGCAACCUCGCCCUGGAUAUGAAGCCGGCAAGAGUGAAUCUGGUGAGUCUGGGGGGCACUGAUACCGAGCUCUGCGGUGAGAAGGGGGAUCAGAUGAGAGGGACGGUGGCGAAGAGUGCGUUUCUGGGUAAGGCGGGAUCAGCAGAGGAAGUGGCGGAGGCCUAUAUCUAUUUCAUGAAAGAUACAAACGCUAUGGGAUCGAUGAUUGGUACCAGUGGAGGGUCGCUUCAAUCGCAGAAGCUCGAGCGAGGGUGCCUCAAGCGGUGCGACUUCCACACAAAGCGCCUACCGCCGCUUGUCCUUCCUCCAUCUUCGACUCUUCCCUUCCCUUCCCUCGCCCACAGGCUCUGCGCAGGUUUGCGCCGCCAUCGGCGUAUACUUUACCGUCUCAUGACCGACUUGCUCAAGCCUCUCGCCCCUCUAGCUGCCACCUCAGCCAAAGAAUCGCGGUUCACCUCGGCUUCGACGCGGUCACCUUCGAUCGAGAGCCUCCCGCAGCGACUGCGCUCUUCCGUGUGGUGCUUGCCCAUCGCUAUCGCACCAAACCCGGCAGGUCACACCUAUCCUCGGACUCUCCAUCACAGUCCCCUUGACCCCCGACUACCGCUCUCUGUUGCGCUGCCUCUGGCGGCGUGGCAAAGAACCUUGGAAAGAUUCAUGGAAGCCGCUUCGCAGCGCUUGAAAACAGUUGCUCUGUCCGCUUCAUCUUCGAAUCUGGCCGCCAGGGAUGUCAGCAUCAUUAUCCCCACCAAUGGCACCGGGAUCCAGUUUGUUGUCGGAGCAUUGGCUUCCUGGCUAGCCAUUGAUCCAUUGGAAGUCAUCAUGGUGACCAUUGACAACCAGGUACAGCCUUUGAAUGCGCUCAUCGACAAGUCUCUCGAGGGUACAGAACACUCCAGAGCAAUAGUGACAGUCCUCGUCCGAUUUGCCGCGGGCAAGAGGAAACAAAUGGCCCGUGAUUUGGAGCGCGCAAAAGGUUCCAUCACCGUCUUCGUCGACGACGACGUCUUCUGGCAGCCACUUCUCCUUCGACACGUCCUACCUAGCAUGCUUUGA